AUGGAUACAUUACUCACUGCUGAGAUAGCGGCAAAUGCUCCACGCUAUCGCCGCAAGAGCUCGACAUUCAUCGACGCCAUCCACGAUGUUCCCGAAGAUCAAGAUAUGGCUCCGGCCCAGCUCUAUAGCACCAUGUCAGGGCGACUAUUCCACUCCGGUCGGAUAGCCAUCGUUAUGGUCGGAUUGCCUGCUCGAGGCAAGACACACAUUUGUGUGUCAAUGGCACGCUAUCUACAAUGGCUUGGCGUCAAGACUCGUAUCUUUCAUCUGGGCGACUAUCGGAGAGCAACUGUAGGACCUGGCGGUACGGUGCCCGAAGACUACUUCUUCCCGAACGCAUCACCCCAGUCCAUUAUUCUCCGCCAAAAGAUCUUGAAGAAAUGCCGCGAAGAUAUCUACGCGUGGCUCAACCAUGAGAACGGCCAGGUUGCCAUCUACGAUGCAGUCAACCCCGUUGCAAGUGGAAGGCGCUCUUUGGCCAAGGAGUUCGCCAAGCACGACGUCCAGACAUUGUUCAUCGAGUCAUUCGUCGACGAUGAACGCAUCCUGCUGGAGAAUGCUCGCAAUGUCAAAAUCUCUUCCCCGGAUUUUGCGGGUAUGGAUCCCGAUAAGGCAGCAGAGCUCUAUUUGAAACGCAUAACAAUGAAGAUUCCCAUGUUUGAGACCAUGGACGAGAAGGAGCUCAACUUCAUUAAGAUGAUCAACGCAGGCUCCAAGUUCUUCUACAACAACGUCAGCUUCAACUAUCUCUCGCAUCGCAUUGUGUUCUAUCUCACAAACCUUCAUAUCAAAUCGCGAACGACUUUCUUCGCUCGCGCGGGCACAACUACAGAAGAUGAGGAGUCUUACAAGUCGGAUGCCCCGCUAUCAGAGCAAGGCAAGGCAUAUGCUCGAAAGAUGGCAGAGACUCUCACCAAGCAUCGCGAGCAGGAAGCCGCGGAACAAGGAAAGCCUCUACGACCACUCUCGGUGUGGACAUCGACCCGCCGCAAGACCGUGCAGACGGCCGAGGUCUUCGGGGAGAAGGGAUACAAAGUUCGCCAACGCUCGCAAAUGAGCCAGAUCAACCCCGGUGCGUGCGAGAGACUCUCGGAGAGGAUGAUUCGACAGAUCUACGCCGAGGAGGUUGAGAAACAUGACUUGGAUCCUUACCACCACCGUUACCCACGUGCAGAGUCAUACCACGAUCUUGCGGUCCGUUUAGAGCCCAUCAUUCUUGAGCUGGAGCGCGAGCAGAACGACCUCCUCAUCAUCGCUCACGAGUCGGUGCUGCGUGUUCUGUAUGCGUACUUGAUGCACUGCUCGACAAUGGACAUUCCAAUCUUGAAGUUCCCACGGGACGAGAUCAUCGAGAUCAUUCCUGCGGCAUAUCAAAACGAAGCCAAGAGAAUUCACAUCCCGGGGCUAGAGUCCUCAAUCGUGCCUGGAUCGCCGGACGACAUCAAGAUUCCCGUCACUGUGCAAAGCAUUCCGCCGAGCGGUCAAGCCAGCGGCGAAGCAAGUGGUGUGACGAGUGGCAUAACAAGUGGACAAUUGAGCCCUAUUGCAGGUGGCCUCGGCAGCCCUGCUGAGCCAGCAACGGAACGCCCGCCGGAGAAGGUCAUCAACAAGGCGAAAGACAUGGUAGCGGACAAGGUGGACGAUGAGGACUGA